AUGGAACACAAUUUAGAAGUUGUGGUGGUCACAGGAAUAGGGGACACCUUCCACAUAUCAAGGGGAUUCAAGUUUAUCCCCAGGAUCCCAAAAGACAGAAAGUAUGUGAUUCUCAUCUCCUCGGUGUUGGUGCUUGUGACAGCAAUAAUUAUUGCAGCCAUUCUCAUUGGAGUUUAUAUCACUCAGGAAUACACUGAAAGGAUCAUCAAAACCAUCAGCAAAGGAAAUGAUGGUCAGAGGGUAGAGCGGACCAUGAUGCUGAACAACCAUGAAAGAUUGGCUGCAUUUUUGAUCAAGACCAAUAAGACUUCGGCGACAGUUGUCUAUGAUUACAAACACCAUCUGAUUGGCAUCCGACUUCACUAUCAAAAACAAUGCUCAGUGGUGGCGAUGGAUUCACUUGAAGUUCCCAGUUUAAAUGAAGUCGCCCACAAAAUUGAACAUUUUGAUGAACAGGAUUCAGAAAGCAACGGCUCGGUCUACAGCUUCAAGCAGGGAAAACUAGCUGUUUGUACCACUCUUGGAACAACUAUAAAUAUCCUUUGUGGUGAUAUUCCUAUCUACUGGGCUGAGAAACAACAGAAGGAAUCACGAAUUAUCUGUGUCGCAAUUGCAGGUGUUUGCGUUAUGUAA